AUGCCAUUGGGCCAUCAGUCGUUGUUCCAGAUGGCCCAGAAGCAGAGCCACCUUAGAAGACAUACACUCCAUGGAAAGCGGCGCCAGUGCGAUCACUAUGUUUGGGCUUGGCUUCUCACCAACGUACAGAUGGGAAUGCUCGGCUGCACAACCACUCCAUCGUACCUUCAUGACACUCUCCGGACCAUGGACGCAUUCUCAUCAUUGCGAAAACGCGCCUCGAUUACCCUAGAACAGGCUGACGCACUCGGUGUCUUGGCCUACGCCUGCACGAUCCCCGGGACGAUCCUCUGUUUUCUGGUCCUUCUCGCCUAUGGUGCCGCCGCUCUGUCUCCGAAGGGAAGGCCACACUUAGACCGAGUCAGCUUUCGGCUCCUUUGCUACUCUCUGUUCUUCAACAUUCUCUAUGGCAUAGCCUUCUCAGUGACUGCUGCCCAGACAGGCCCGGGAUCGCUAUGUAAUUUCGGUGCUUUUGCAGUGAACUUCACGCUCAACUUUGCGACGUUCUUCACGACAUGUAUCGCCAUCAACCUUCAGCUCGUCUUGGUACACCGGGUAAACGGGAAAGCAAUGGAGAAAUACUAUGUUAUCGUAGUCUCCUUGCUUAGUAUCGUAUUGACGGUCCCGGCGUUCGGUCUCAACCAGUUUGGAUGGGACGAAGCGAAUUUCACCUGUUGGUUCAAGAACCCCGACGAGCACACGAAGGUCCAAUGGCUUAUCGGUACCCAAUCUUUCUGGAUCGCUCUCGCUGCCACGAUCGAGACGAUAUGCUCCGUAACCGUGCUCGUUUGGAUGGCGAAGUUCCAGUUGAACACCAGGUUCAUCCAGAAAGCCUCAGACCCUAGUUUCUUGCAUACGAGCGGCGCGACGGGGCACCGUUCAGAGGCUUCUAGCUCUGCGCAAACCAUACUUUCGAUCCAGGCCCGCAAAUAUAGAGGUGUCAUCAUACGUAUCGCUAACUCGAACCUAGCCCUGUAUCCCAUCGUCUCACUGCUUAUCAACUACCCUACGAUCGGCUUGGACAUCUUCGGGUCCAUCAAGGGCGUGCACACCGAACUCGACUACCGUCUCCUCGUCGCCGAUCUUGUCCUGUACGGACUGCGCCCAUUUGCAUACGCCCUGCUCGCAUGCAACGAUCCAUCCUUCGUGCGCGCCGUCCAAGACAUCCGCGGUGUGAAGAUCCCUUCGUCGGAGUCUUCUGGCGAGACGGACACCAUGUCGCGCCCGCAGUUCGCCUCGCAGCGCCCAACCGACUCCACAUUCCCUGGCGGCACCGAGCUCACCGUCAACGUAGAGCUCCAGACCGUGUCGCACGGCGACGACGCUAGCAUGGACAAGUCGGGCAAGCACGGCAUGUUCAUCCACGAAGAGUCGGGCAUCUCGACUGGACGGCUCGCUGCGAAGGCCGACGCGAGACGGACGUUCACGGAUUCGGAGUGGGACGAUAAGGCAUUCGAGCGCACUGCCUCCGCUGUGGUUUCCCUUCACCAUGAGGACCAGAUCGUCCCAUGCAGCUUCCGCAUCGUUGCUGCCGACGGCGGAGGCUAG